UCUAUGACUUUAUUAUAGAACAACUUCCCAAUAAUAAUUUACCUACUGAGUCUCAAGUUUCUAAUUCAUCAAGCUCUGAACCAUCUCAAGAAAAUGAUCAAGAUAAGUCAAAGACUCGAAGCUCUGCUUCCUCAGAAUUACCAGAAGCUAAGGUAAAUGCAUCUACUGAAAAAACAAAGUUUUGA